GGAGUGGGAGGAUUUGGUCGCGUUGAACUGGUACAUGUGUUUGGUGUUGUUGUAUACUUUGCCAUGAAGCGGGUCAGUAAGAAGCACAUUGUUGCUAAGCAACAGGAGGAGCACGUCCUGUUUGAGAAGAGGAUCCUCAAAGCCAUCCAGAGUGACUUCAUCGUCAGGCUCCAUUAUGCCUUCAAAGACACUCGCUACAUCUACAUGAUUAUGGAGUUCUGUGCAGGAGGGGAGAUCUGGACCAAGCUCAAAGAAGUUGGUCGCUUCGAUGAGCCCAUUGCUGUGUUCUGCACUGCCUGUGUAGUAGAGGCCUAUGCCUACCUCCAUAAGAAGGGCAUCAUGUACAGAGACCUGAAGCCUGAGAAUCUGAUGCUGGAUGCCAACGGCUACGUCAAACUGGUGGACUUUGGUUUUGCUAAGGAGUUAGUUCACGGUGAUAAGACCUACUCAUUCUGUGGUACUCCUGAGUACAUGGCCCCAGAGAUCAUCCAGAACCAGGGACACGACUUCGCUGCUGACUUCUGGUCCCUGGGCAUCCUGGUCUAUGAGCUGCUGGUGGGGAGCCCCCCAUUUUCCAGUUCCGAGCCUGCAAAGAUCUACCCCAAAAUUUUGGAUGGGUUGCUCAAGUUCCCCCCUUACAUGGGCGAGGGGGCCAAAUCCCUCAUCAGUAAACUGUGCAGACCUCGGCCGGGUCAGAGGCUGGGAAACACCAAGAAUGGGAUCAAAGAUGUCCGCCAUCACAGGUGGUUCAGUAGUAUGAAUUGGCACAAGCUUCGUGUGGGCCAGGUGGAGGCUCCUACAAUCAGACUCAUACACAAGGGUCCAUGCUACAUCAACUUUGACCGCUUCCCCUUCGACCAGGCUAAGGCCGACGAGGAGUUCUCCGGCUGGGACAAACACUUCUGA